AUGAAGUAUUGGAUUGGAUUUCAACUGUUGCUUUUCCGAUCUCGGGGACCAAACGGUGUCAAGGUGUUUGCAGAAAAAAUGUCUGGAAAUCCAUUUGUUCACGAAUAUCCACAAAUUCAGAUCAAUUCUGUGAAUAAUCUCACUACAACUAUUCAGAAUACGUUACAAAUGACAGUUUCAACACUACUGAAUCAAAUUUUAGAAAAUUCAAAUAUUAGAAACAUUAAUUCUGCGACAGUUUAUAUAAAAAAUAUUAAAACUGUUCAACAGAAGUUAGAAAUAUUGACUACUAGUGGGAAAGACAAAUUAGAAAUUAUUACAGAUUUUGAUCGUACACUAUCAAAAUAUUGUCAUGAUGGUGAACUUGUUCCGACUUCUUAUGGUAUUUUUGAAUCAGAUCCUGAAUUAACGGAAACAGCGAAAUCCAUGCUUAUAAGUCUACGGAACAAAUACUAUCCUAUUGAAUUGGAUACUAAUCUUACAGAAAAUGAAAAAACCCCGUAUAUGCUAGAAUGGUGGGAAUUAGCUCAUGAAGUAAUUAUUGAAUGUGGAAUACAAAAACACACAUUAGAAAGAACUGUUAAGGAAUGCCAUUUAGUGUUACGUGAUAAAGUGAGUGAAUUUUUCCAAUUAUUAUCGGAUCAUCAUAUACCAGUAUUGGUUUUCUCAGCUGGACUUGGGGAUGUAAUUGAUUUAUGCCUUCAUCAUGCAAAUGUUUUUCAUGAUAAUAUGCGUGUUGUUUCAAAUUUUAUGCAGUUCAAUGAUGAUGGUAAAUUAACUGGAUUCAGUUCACCAAUUAUUCAUGUAUUUAAUAAAACAGCUGGUUCUAUUACAAAUAAUCAUAUACCUAAGCGUCCUAAUGUUUUAUUACUUGGCGAUUCUACUGGUGAUGUGCACAUGGCUGAUGGUGCUACUAUUGAUGAUCCAACAGGUCAACUUGGAACAGUAUUACGUAUUGGCUUUUUAAACGAAUCAGUACAAGAGAAUCUGGAAAAAUAUCAAUCUCUAUAUGAUAUUGUCUUGGUAAAUGAUGAUAGUUUUGAAAUUCCUUACAAAAUUAUCCAAAGUAUUCUUAUACAUAAUAAAUAA